ACCAGGAAGAUGGUAUGGUGAAUAAAACACCCGGGUAUUUCUACAUCGCUACUAGGAAGCGAUUUGACACAGUAUGAAAGAAAACUCGGGACGGAUUUGGUUAGUGUAUAGAACUACAUAGUGAAAGAGUAUCUGUCAACUCUGUGAUGUAAGCUGUAUUAGAUUGUGUCUGUUUACUCAGUGGCGGUCGUGUCGGGCGUCCAUAAUGAUUUCACUGCGUUGGACUGUGCUGUUAUCACGUAUAGUUUAAUAGAUCAUUGACAAUGUAUCUCACAUAAUUCAGUGCAAUCAUAGUGCAUUUCGCAUUGCUUUACUAAUCCUGGUUCGUGACACAGGUGCACAUACUGACUUCAUCCAGUGUGGACAACCAUCAGUAAUUUGAUAUACAGAGGUGCACAAUCUGUCACAGUCAGUGUCGUGGCGUCUAUCACAUCCGUAAUGGCGGACACCAGGAAAAUCUCCACACUGGAUCUAACCGUCCCUGUCACUAAACCACACAUCCAGUGGGAAUCACAGUCGUACGGAAUUGAGGAUAUUCUGAAAACACACGCUCUUCCUGUGCUGGUUCAAUGUAACACCUCGAACUGCAGCCUGAACUUGAACAAGUUCAACUUUGACCUCACGCAACCUCUGCUGCUGUACGGACACCGUCAGCACGACGUCAGAGCGGUGGCGCGCAGCGUCGUAUACGACAAAACAUCGAAUUCUUUCCAUGAGAUUGGAGAUACAAUUAUAAUACCUGAACAGUAUAAAGGCUGGUUUGCGAUUCUUCGUAAUUCGGAGGACAAACCUGUUCCUCAUUUCCGUUUUGUGGAGCAACUUGCACUUUCCAACUGUAAAACGUUUCUCAUUGGUGGGUCGGAGAAUGUAGAAGCAAAAGAAAUUAAACAUGGAAAGGAAGUAUCCUAUGUGCCCCGGAUGUUGUUCCCAGGCGAUGUGCUCACGAAGCGACGGCUGGUGAAAACAAUGACGAAAGUGAAAACGAAAGGGUUGAUUCCAAAGACUAAAGAGAAAGACGAGAGGUUCGUCAUGUGUACAGACGACCAGGAUCGGGAGUUCCUCCUUCCCAUGGAGCAACAAGGAGUCUUCUACAUGAUCUCAGGGCCGUCGUCCAGGGUAACGAUGCAGAUCCUACAUAUGUCUGACAUUAUCAAGAAGAUUCCGUUCCCGUGUCUUGUAAAGUUGGUGUACGGUAAAGUACCCAGCACGCCCUGCUCGUUCACCGGCGUAUUAAGUCUGAAGGAGGAACUCUCCCAGCCUGUUGUGAUCGCUGCCACGGUCUUCAACCUGGUGAACACGCUCACCGAGCUACCUGUGGAUGUUCCGCUCACCUUCACAGUCGCGAAGAACUCUGACGAACUCCUGUGGAAUCAAGCGUACGCGUCUGCGCUCAAGUUCUGCAAGUCGACAGCAGAAACAUUCGCCAGGUCUAUGAAGACAUCACAGCUGUUUCAUCAUGGUCAGACGUCUAGGUCUGGAUCCAUCAAACAACAACAUAUAACACCAGCAGAUGAAUGCCCAGCACUUCCACCAAGACGUUAUAGUCCUGCUUCUAUUAAUGCAUCUGCUGACAAUAAUCACGUAUCAAGACAUGAUGACCGUGACUUGUAUGAAGUGGUUUGGACUCAAAACCUACAUUCUCCUUCCACUGACUGUGCAAAUAAAAAAGCUAUGAUGAGCAUGAGCGUACCGCUGGACCAACCUGCCAUGGCACUGCAAUCACCACAGACUUCAUCAGUCUCUGCGUCAGACACUACGUCACAGUCUACGCCACUAUCUGCGCCACGGGCUACGUCACAGGCUACGUCACAACCUUCAUCACUGUCUGCGUCACAAGGUACGACACAGGCUACGCCCAAUGUGAAAGAGAACCUCCCCACCACCAGAGGAAGCAGCUCCAACUACGAAUCACUAAUUGCUAUAACACAUCGUAGAUCAACCGAUUAUGAGAGGCUCAUACCAAAUAUGUCACCCGAGAAAACGUUUACUUUUUAUGAAGGUUAUGACUUCGAGCCAGAUUCGGAUACGUCAUUUUCUUCUAACAGAGAACCGUCAACGUGGAUGAAUGAAGGUAACGACAAGAACAUAUCUUCAUUAACGAGAUUGUCUGUGAGUGAGUUACGCAGCGAGAAAGACUUUCUUUGUGAUGAUCUUUCUGAAUCUGUAGAUGAUCUUCCAUUAGGAGCAGAUUCGUCGACAUUCUGGCCCAGGCCGCGGUCUGUAGCGGCGGACUCGGGAGUGGAGAGUGACCGGGGGUUUCUGGAGAAGGUGGGUCUGAGCCGACUGUCCGUUCGGGAGGUGUGCGACCAGCUACAGCAGAUCGGAAUCAAGGAGAAAACCGUCGUCAGCAUGCAGAAGGAAUGUGUCGAUGGUCGGCUGCUGCAGACGCUUGACGAGGCUGAACUCAAAGAGUCAUUCCCGGAACUGACCAACAUCGAGAGGAAGAAGAUAGCUAUGUUCGUACGUGGGUGGAGACCACAGUGAUUUACUAGUAAUUAAAUCUGUAAACCACGAUUCAAGGGUCACACACAAACACACACACACACACACACACACACACACACACACACACGUAGGCACAUACGUACAGACACAUAUUGCAGGGAAUGAACAUGCUGACAGGCUGGCAAAGUAGGGAAGCACAAUGUAACAGCCAAAUCAUCCAAUCUUCUUCAGAGAAACAAAAUCCAUAAUUAAGAGAAAGUUCCGAUGCACCCACGUUACAACCAAGAAUCCAAUCCAUUAUCUGGAAAGAUACCAAGAGACAACCAUUUUUAGAACCGGCCACUGCCAUCUCAGAUCCCAUAUGUACCGCCUGAAACUGGCAGACACUGCCCCCUCUACAAUGAAGACAGGAUAAAGCACUGGCCGAACGGAGCAACACUGGCUGUCAAGCUUUGGGGUUCCAAAGAAGACUUGGCAGAGACAGCGUUUUUUAUCUUCACAACUGGACUCCAAAUCUAAAGCAUGAUCAACUAUAGCUUGAACACAGAAGAAGAAGAAGAAGUACAGACACAUAGACGUACAGAGAUGUUCACAAUACAAGACAUUUCUUUCCAUCUGGCUAAUUGAUAGAAGCUUCUUUUUUCAACAUAUCAGACAAGUUAGUCAUUGAUAAUAGUGCGUGUGCUUAGUAUUAAAAAGUUCACUAAAGGAAAAUGGACCGAUUUUCGAAGACUUGUUCAAGGUAUUUUGUUCAUACAACUGUUUCAUAGCAUUAUUCUUAACAUUUUACAAGAUGUUAUGUUUGUUAAUGUUGUUUGUGUCGUGAACGAUUGUAAUCGUGUUAUUGUAUUAAGAUACAUUUAACUACCCCAACAGAUAUGUUCUAUUAAAGGUGCAAUAUAUACACGUAUUUCCCCAUUGUUUGUAAUAUACUAAUGGAAAAAGAUACUAAAGGGCCACACAAAUAGUACCAGCUGCUAGUGACUGCCACCACAACCGUCAUAUUUACACGUCGAGUCGGGACGUUAACUAUGUUUCUGACAUUCAGUCCUAGAUUACUGACAUUCAAUCCCACAGUAGACAUUCAACCUCACAUCACAUCUUGGUAUGUUAUACACAUAUUACUUCGCUGGUCGUGAAUUAAAACCGGUCUCCAAAA